AUGGAGAUAGAGGUGGCGAGCUGCAGUCAGAAAGGUGCUGCUGGCGGCGGUGCUGAGGGAGAAGUCAGGGGUGUUUACUUGGUUUGGCAGGAUCUCACGGUGGUGUUGCCAAACUUUGCUAAUAAACCAACGAAAAGGUUGCUUCAAGGACUUUGUGGAUAUGCUGAGCCUGGAAGGAUCAUGGCUAUUAUGGGUCCAUCUGGCUCUGGAAAAUCCACACUUCUUGACUCUCUUGCAGGUAGACUCGCCAGAAAUGUGGUCAUGACCGGGAAUAUUCUUCUAAAUGGGAAGAAGAAGAGACUAGACUAUGGUGGUGUUGCUUAUGUGACUCAGGAGGAUGUGAUGUUGGGAACUCUCACAGUGAGAGAAACUGUAAGCUACUCAGCUCAGUUAAGGCUUCCAGAUAACUUGUCCAAAGAGGAAGUGAAAGACAUUGUGGAGGGAACAAUUAUGGAAAUGGGUCUCCAAGAAUGUGCUGAUACAGUGAUUGGGAAUUGGCAUUUAAGGGGAAUAAGUGGUGGGGAGAAGAAGAGACUUAGCAUAGCACUUGAAAUCAUCACAAUGCCAAAAAUAUUGUUCCUGGAUGAACCUACUAGUGGCCUUGACAGUGCCUCGGCUUUCUUUGUAGUUCAAUCUCUCAGAAACAUUGCUCGCGAUGGGAGGACAGUUAUCUCCUCUGUUCACCAGCCAAGUAGUGAGGUUUUUGCGCUGUUUGAUGACCUUUUCUUAUUAUCUACUGGUGAAACUGUUUAUUUUGGAGAGGCAAGGAUGGCUGUUGAGUUCUUUGCUGAGGCUGGCUUUCCAUGCCCAAGUAGAAGAAAUCCUUCUGAUCACUUCCUCCGAUGUAUAAAUUCAGACUUUGACACCGUAACGGCCACAUUGAAAGGUUCUCAAAGACUGCGCGAUAAACCAACAUCAUCAGACCCUUUCUUGGAUAUGGCAACAGCAAAGAUCAAGGCUGCCCUUGUUGAAAAGUACAGGCGCUCAAAGUACGCAAAAACGGCCCGAGCUAGGAUUCAAGAAAUCUCUAAAAUUGAAGGACUUGAGGAAGAAAUUCAGAAGGGAAGUCAAGCAAGAUGGUUGAAGCAACUUACAACAUUGACAAAACGAUCAUUUGUCAACAUGUGUAGAGAUGCAGGAUAUUACUGGGCUAGGAUAGUGAUAUAUAUACUUGUAUCUAUUUGUGUUGGAACCGUCUUCUAUAAUGUUGGCUAUGGAAAUACUGCAAUUCUCGCGCGGGUAGCCUGUGGUGCAUUUAUUACAGGUUUCAUGACCUUUAUGUCUAUCGGAGGCUUUCCUUCCUUCGUUGAAGAAAUGAAGGUUUUCAAUAAAGAAAGGCUCAAUGGAUAUUAUGGAGUUGCAGCUUAUACCCUCUCUAAUUUCUUCUCUUCAUUUCCAUUUUUGGUUGCAAUUUCACUUAUCACCGGGACUAUAACUUUUUACCUGGUGAAAUUUCGAUCCGAAUUUUCGCAUUAUGUGUUCUUCUGCCUCAAUAUCUUUUUCAGCAUCACUGUGAUUGAGAGUCUGAUGAUGGUGGUAGCUUCAUUGGUUCCGAAUUACCUGAUGGGAAUUGUGACAGGAGCCGGCAUAAUUGGAAUUAUAAUGAUGACAUCUGGGUUCUUUAGGUUGCUGCCUGAUCUUCCUAAGAUAUUUUGGCGCUACCCGAUUUCAUAUAUCACUUUUAGUUCAUGGGCACUUCAGGGUGCCUACAAGAACGACUUCAUUGGCCUUGAAUUCGACCCUUUACUACCUGGUGAUCGGAAACUGACAGGCGAGGAAAUCAUUAGAAAAUAUUUUGGGGUCCCAGUAGAUCGUUCCAAGUGGUGGGAUUUGAGUAUAGUGGUGUUCAUCCUUGUAUGUUACCGGCUUCUCUUCUUCAGCAUUCUCAAGAUCAAGGAAAGAGCUUCACCACUGGUUCAGGAAAUUUAUGCCAAGAGGACUCUACAGCAUCUUAACAAAAGGCCCUCCUUCAGGAAAACGCCAUCUUUCGGUUCCAAGAGACACCAGCCUCUCCAUUCACUUUCUUCUCAAGAGGGGCUUAAUUCUCCAUUACACUAAAUUAAAAGAAAACAGAAAACUAUAAGGCAUUGAAAACGUGCCAUUGCUAUUACUGAUUAAUACUGUGUUGAAAUAUCUGCUGUUUGUGUAGCUUACUGAAUCUUUGCUUAUACAAAAAAAAAAAAAAAUAUACAAAGU